UUCUAGAAGAACGCAUGCGUAUGAACUUGACGAUUGACGUGAAGCAAGUCUGCAAGUAGGGUUAGUAUUAGAUUCGAUCGCUCGAGAAAAACAAUUGCAUCGUUAUUGCGUCAUAUUCUAAUAAGCUGAAGAAUAUCGAACGGUGAAGAUGUUGCUUGCAAGAGCUUGUCGAUGUGGUGCCUCGCCAGCUUUGGCCAAUUUUUUGAAAACUCCGGUUAUUUCGAAACCGUUUAUUCCAAGGAUUCAGGCUUCGAGAUUAUUCGCUAACGAUGGACGUAGUGCAUUCACAAGAUCUGCUCGCAGAUCAAGAACAUCCACGAUUACAGAGCAGGCAAUGUCUCCUGCUGGAGAGACAGCAUUUAAUAUUGGAAAGGGUGCUGUUGCUGGUGGUGCUGUAUUAGGAUUAGGUGCACUCUGCUAUUAUGGAUUAGGUCUUUCACCAUCUGCAGGAGCCAUAGAAUACGCAAAAGUUUGGCCCCAAUAUGUGAGAGAUAGGAUUAAAACUACAUACAUGUAUUUUGGUGCAUCUGUAGCAGCUAGUGCUGCAUCUGCAGCUAUUUGUUUACGUUCCCCAGCUAUAAUGAAUAUGGUAAUGCGACAAGGGUGGCUAGCUUUAGGUGCAACAAUGGUAGCAAUGGUUGGUAGUGGAAUGGCACUACAGGUUAUUCCUUACAAAGAAGGUUUUGGUACAAAACAAGUGGCAUGGCUCAUUCACACUGGUAUUGUUGGUGCAGUUCUUGCACCUUUGUACUUAUUAGGAGGUCCUUUAGUACUUAGAGCUGCAUGGUAUACUGCUGGUGUAGUUGGUGGUUUGUCAACAAUAGCUGUCUGUGCACCAAAUGAGAAAUUCUUGAAAAUGGGAGGUCCAUUAGCAAUUGGCUUGGGAGUUGUAUUUGCAAGUUCUGUGGGAUCAAUGUUCUUACCACCUACCACAGUCCUUGGAUCUGGUUUACAUUCUAUGGCUCUGUAUGGUGGUUUGCUACUAUUUUCUAUGUUCCUUUUGUAUGAUACACAAAGAAUUGUCAAACAAGCAGAAUUACAUCCACAAUAUGGACUCGACCUCAGGCCUUAUGAUCCAAUCAAUAAUGCAAUUUCUGUCUAUUUGGAUACGUUGAAUAUCUUUGUCAGAAUCCUUUCAAUAUUGGCGGGUAGAGGAAACAAUAGACGACAGUAAGAUUAUAAAUUUUUGUUUCGAUGAAGAUUAUACAAAAUCGUAGUUUUAGUUCACAUCAUGCGUGAGAAAGGCGAUGUAACAAUAUGAUAAAUAAAUAAGUUUCAUGGUAAUAAUGUAUUCUAUGUUAAUAGAUGAUAUGAUGUAAAUUAUUUGUUUAUAUAAAAUAAAAUAUAAGAAUUAAAUAUA